AUGUUUGUCCAAAUUCUAUCUUGCUAUUCAACUACUCUAUCUCUCGCUUUCUAUUUCUUCCUUUCUCUCUCUCCUUUUCUAUCUCUCGCUUUCUAUUUCUUCCUUUCUCUCUCUCCCCAAUCAGACACUGUUCUUGAUUCUUAUCUUUCUUCUCUUUCCUUAUCUCUGUCUGUCAUUCUCCGUCCUUUUUAUUUUUUCUUGGUCGUCUUUUUUACUAUCCCCCCCUUUCUCUCUCUCUCUCUCUCUCUCUCUCUCUCUUUCUUUCUCUCUGUUUUCUCUUACUAUUUUCUUUCCUUUUCCCUCUUUUUUUCCUCGCUUUACUUUCUAUUUUCAUUCUCAUCCUAUUUGAUCAACCUUUCUUCAUCACGCUUUCUUUCAUUCAUUCUCUCUCUCACUUUCUCUUUCUCUCUCUCUCUCUCUCUCUCUCUCUCUCUCUCUCUCUUUAAUUCAUUUCCCAUUCUUUCUUAUUUCGUAAUAACUAUUUUCCCAUUUUUCCUCCUCCUUCCUCAUUUCUCACGCACUCUUUCUCAUUUAUCUUUUCCUUUUUUCCUUAAUUUCCCUUUGCUUUCUCCUCCUCUUCUCAUACUUUUCUUCUUACUCUCUCAUAUUGUCCUAUCUGUUUUCCUCUUUUUCCUCUCAUUUUCUCUCUUUUUCUCCACUUUAUUUUCUCUUUUUCUCUUUCGCUCUCUCUCUCUAUGUCUCGUUUUCUCUCUUUCCCUUUAUCAUUCUAUCCGUUUGAUCUCCUAUAAACUCAACCCGCGUAAAAAGCCUUCUUUCACUGCGCUAUUCCUUCAAUUCAUGAUGAUCGCUAAGUUUUCGUUCAACGACAAACAACCACUUAACGCCAUUUUUUUUCUUCUUAUUGUUGAUUUGUUCAACGCCGUCGAGCAAAUAAGCUGA